GAAAGAGAUAGCAGCCGCUAACAUGGAGAAAGAGGAAAGGAAAAGGAGAAAUGCUGAGAAAGGGUUGAACCGGAUGUCUCAAAUCCGGUCCGCACGUCCUCAAUCUCAAGAACAUCACCCCAUUCCACCUUCAUCAACCCAUGCCAAAGUCUUAUUGAAUUUCUGACAGAUGCAAGGAGAGAAAGCUUAAGCUUUGAUGCACAGAACGACGGAAUUCGAGAUCGUAACGCAUUUUUCUCCGACGAUGACCAGACAUCGCAAACAAAUCAAUCUCACAAUAUCAGUGGUACAUGAUGUGCUUGGUUCUUAUUCAUCUCCCUUCUAUACAAAAACAAAAUAUUCACUGUUUAAUGUGUGCAAUACAUAGUUCUUUCUUGAAGGAGAUAGCAGCGCUCUUUGAUUACUUUUAUUCAAUUUUGGCAGCUGGACCUGCGGGACUGAGUGAAGCCUCAACUUCUAGUAAUCUUAUACAAGGUGGGACGCAUGAAAUAUCAAGUGCCAACUCCGUAGAUGUUGGAACUGAUAAACAUCCGAUGUCUGGUCGUGCGGUGGGAGAAAAGGAUAAGUCAAAGGCAAUGCAGGACCGGAAACCAUCAACCAAUGCGGAAUUAGUCCAAAAAGCAUGCAGGAAUCAACCUAAUUUAUUCUCGUCAAAACUAGUGAAUUCCUGCAUUAUAGCUUCUGAAAGAGCACGCAGUUUAUGUGCCCUAUUCAUAGCAAUUUGUGUGCUUCUUUCUCAUAUUAAUUUUCCCUUGCUUGGAUUGAGUAUAGGCAGGUCGGACAGCAAUGUAGCCUCAAAGCCUCUUUACAUAAUCUUACUCACCGACUUGGCCAUUGUGCUCAGCCGACUGUUUCUGGACAAGAAAGGAGUGGUGUCGGCAGAGGUGGAGGAAGAGAAACCUGCAGCAGCAUCUCAAGAUAAUAAGGAAAACUGGGAUGGAGCCGUUAUGCUUUUGGAGAGAGGGUUAGUGGCCUAUCAGACAAUGCGAGCACUUUUCAUAGAUUUCAGCAUUUAUGCAGUGGUGGUCAUUUGUGGCACUUCUCUACUCUAACCCCCUUUUUUCUUUUCGGUUGGCUAGAAGAUACACUCUAUUCUUCUGCAAAUGAUGCUGGGAAACAUUUUAUUUGUUUCAUUUACAGCGUUUAACUCAACUCCUUAUAUUCUUCUUUAUCUGUCACAUAUAGGAUUCAUUAAGUGUUGUAGGUGGAAUUGGUGAAAGGCUUUAUAUAUAGGUUGGUUACCAGCUCUGAAUGCUGGCUAGUAAUUAAGGAUGAACCCACUGGCUCUGGUACUUGAGAAAUGAGAUUUCAUUACAUGGAAAAAUGGCAGGGAUUUCUUCUGGACCA